AUUUUGGCCAUUUUGGGUUUGGGGCCAAUUGAGGUCAAAUAAGUAGACCUUUUCGGUUCCUUUCGAAGUGUCCAUCGACCGCGUCGAAUCAAACGAAAAGGUGUAGCUGCUGCUAGCACACCAUCUUGUUGUCCGUUCUGCGGAUCGUUGUUUUUGCAAUUGUCUGGACAGAAUUAUAUGAAUAAUUUUGGCAUGGCUGGAAGAGGUCCUGAUAAUGUUGAUCUCGGUUACGUCAUCUACUCUCCCGCGCAGAAUUGCUACCGUUAUAGUAUGAAUGUGGAAAAUAUGAACAAUGGGGACUACAUCAGAGCGUUAAGACCUCCUGUAUUACCAUUCCGUCCCGAGGAAAGGAAUGAGGAAGAAAAGGAACCGAAACACAUGCUUGACGCUUCUUUAGUGGACGAAAGUUCAAAUUUGUUUGAAUCAUCUGCGAUGUACGACUGCAGCUUCCGAGUGAGGAACAAAUCCAGUGAAAGGGUUGUCAGAUGUCACAAAUUCAUUUUGUGCAUUUCAAGCAAAGUUUUCCAAGCCAUGUUCCGUGGCGAUUUCAGCGAGGCAGGCAAAGGUCCUGCUGAUGAAAUCCUAAUUGAUGACACAAACCCAGACGUUUUUGAAGAAGCCAUGAGGUUUGUGUACACGUUUGGCCAGAAAAAAUCCUUUGAAAAUAUCCCUAAGACGGCUGAAAUGUAUGUGUUUGCUGACAAGUGGCAAUUCACAAGCUUGAAGGAAGCUGCAGACUCAUUCCUAAUUUCGAUGAAACUGACCUUAGAAAAUGUGGCCUUCAUGUAUGGCAUCUUCAAGAUGAUUAAUCACAAAGUUGGCAUGCAGAAUUGCAUGAGGAUGAUUUUGGCCAACACCCUAAAUUUUCUUGAAAGUGAACAAUGGAAAACCGCAUCCCUGGAUUUAGUCGAUGCUGUAUUGAUUCAGGACUAUCUCUCCAUCGCCAGUGAGUGUGAUUUACUCAAAGGCCUCAUUGAGUGGGGAGCAGCAAAUGUCCCGCCGACCGAGCUAAAUGAAAAUGGGCAGCCAACUGAUUCCCAGGUAAGAGAGGCCAUCAGCAAGCCCCUGGAAAAGAUUCGAUUCCUUGCAAUGAAGGAACAACAUUUUACCAAGCUUUGCAUCGACAGCAAAGUGAAAAUUUUCAGUGAUUCAGAAAUGUGGCAAAUACUGGAAGGUAUAAUCUGUAAAUCGGCAGAAAAGUUGCCAGAAAACUUCAGCUCUGAAAUUUUGCAAAGAUUCAUGGUCACAGAUUUACUUUUUGCAGAUUUUGAAGGCUCUUCCAUGAAUUACUUUAAUCCAGUUGAUGCCUACAGUUUUGUAUUCAGUACAAACAGAACCAUCAGAUUUAUUGGGCUGAAAUUGAAGCCAGUCCAAUUUGUGACUGCAUGCCAUAGUUUUCAGGCAGAAUUCAAAAUAACUGGCUUGCAGCAAGAAACGAUCUACGAAGGAUCCACAGAAGAUUAUGAUGGGAUUCUGAAUUUUUACAAAGCUAGGAUUCCGAUUGUACUUGAUGCAAACAUAAAUUACAAGCUAUCUGUCAAGUACCUCAACCCGUCUGGUUCAAGCAGUUAUAGAAUUUUGGCUCAGUAUUUGCCUGAUUCUGUUUCUGUGGACUACCCAUUGCGUGUGAAGUUCCGUGGAGGUGAUAGAAAUCACACUGGUGUUUCAAGUCUUGUCAUUUUAAAUAUGCCAAAUUGAAAUGCAUCCCUUUACUAGUUUUCUGCGCAACUGAAGUAGUAAAAAAUUAUUAUGAAAGGAUAAAACUUGUGGCACCUCUCUUUGUUAAAAUCAUGGAAACUUUUUUGCACGUCUAAAAAAUGAUAACACCAUAUUUACUGAUAUUAUUUGCUUGCCACAGGCAAUUAGGCAAUUCACGAACUUUGUGACGAAGUGGAAUAUAUUCUAUUCUUAUUUUUUGUUAAUUUAAAAUACUAAAAAAAAUAAUAAAUGGGUAAUAUUUGCACACA